AUGAGGCUCUUUAUCGCACUUCCUGUCCUGAUUGUGGUCCUGGCCACAGCUUUGGAAGGCCCAGCCCCCGCCCAGGUGACCCCUGACUUGUCCAGCACGUUUGAGAACUUACCAGAUAAGCUGAAGGAGUUUGGGAACACUUUGGAAGACAAGGCCCAGGCAGCCAUUGAACACAUCAAACAGAAGGAAUUUCUGACCAAGACCCGGACCUGGAUUUCAUAG